UCAUCCACAGCCAGCACCUACUUUAGUCUCUCAUUGCACUCGCAGAGGAACAGUUUUCAGUUGUUAUGUGAUGGCUUCCAGUGCCAGUAUUGAUAAUUCGAACGAUCCAAAUGUGAUCUACGGUGGACCACUUCCAGCCAGCUUUAAUCGCGGAUGUCAUUCGCUGGGAGAGCUGAUCAUUCAGGAACUAUCUCGAGACCCCGGCAAGAUAGCGCUCGUCAACGGGGUCACCUCGCUACAACUGAGCAAUGGAGGCAUUCUGGAGCAAUCGUUGGCCAUUGCAGGCUACCUGGAUGAGCUGGGAGUCACCAAGAAUGAUGUCGUUGCGGUAGUUAGCGAAAAUCGGUUUGAAUAUCCGAUUGCGGUCUAUGCUGCGCAUUUCUUGGGAGCAGCUGCAGCAUUAUUCAAUCCAGGCUAUACGGAACGUGAGAUGGAGCAUGCUAUCAGAUUGGCGAAACCGAAAGUCAUCUUUGUUUCGGCGCAUGCUAAUCUUACGGUACAGAAGGCAUGCAUCCGAGUUCGGAGACCGGUCAAAUUUGUACAUUUUGAUAACGGCCCUAAAGGGCGAACCUGGCAGGAAUGCUUGGAAAACUCCAAUCGUCGUUUCAAGCUGGGUACAUUUGUUCCUGAACCAUUGAACGUGGAAGAACAUGUAGCGCUGAUCGUUAUGUCUUCUGGGACAACAGGACUUCCGAAGGGUGUGCAGAUUACGCAACGUAACAUUUUCACUACAUGCUACUUCAUGGAAACACUCUUGGAGAAAAUCGGAGCCGGUCAAGAGGAAUUGGUUGCAGUGGACAUCCUACCAUGGUUUCACGUUGCUGGCGGAGUCACUAUGAUGAACUGCAUACUCAACGGAAUGCGACUGGUAUUCUUGACCAAGUUCAUUCAACGAACCUACUUAGCCUGCAUCGAACAGUACCGGCCCAACACGUUAAACAUGGUUCCACCAAUCGCCGUUUUUCUAGCCAAAAACCCCAUGGUAGACGAGUACGAUCUGUCCUCCGUCAAAACCAUCAUCAGCGGAGCAGCUCCCCUGAGUCGAGAGGUUGAAAACUUAAUUCGAUCACGUUUGAAGGUUUCAUCGAUUCGCCAGGCUUAUGGCAUGAGUGAAACUACAUUGGCAAUCUUGGCCCAAAUUGACGCUGAAAACAAACCAGGAAGCGUUGGUAAGCUCCGCGAAGGACAGUGGGCCAAGGUGAUCGAUACGGAUACGGGCCGCACUAUGGGACCAUACCAGAAUGGUGAACUCUGCUUCAAAGGCACCUUGAUCAUGAAGGGUUACAUUGGCCUAGAAGAAGCCAUCGACCGAGACGGGUGGCUGCGAACCGGAGACAUUGGAUAUUACGACAAUGAACGGGACUUUUUCAUCGUUGAUAGACUGAAGGAGCUGAUCAAGUACAAAGCAUUCCAGGUUCCACCAGCCGAGUUGGAAGCAGUUUUGCUGUCACACCCGAAAGUGAAGGAUGCAGCCGUAAUCGGUAUACCGGAGGAGAAGGUUGGAGAAUUGGCCAUGGCUUUCGUAGUGCCUGCCGAUGAAGCACAAGUCAGCGAACAGGAGAUCAUCAAGUUCAUGAACGAACAAGUAUCGGUACAGAAGCGACUUCACGGAGGUGUUCGAUUCAUCAAGGAAAUCCCCAAAACAGCUAGCGGAAAAAUUUUGCGGCGAGCUCUCCGCGAAUUAGCUAAAAGCAAAUCAAAGCUCUAAUCUUACCUCUAAUACGGAUUUUAACCAUAAGCCACCAGAACCAAAUAUCCACUAAUUUGCAAAUUGAGCGCAUUUGUCCUUUCCCAAAAUUUGGAAUUGCUUCCUUUCAGUAGAAAGUAAAGUAAUUAACAGUCCUACGCAGAAACUGUGAAACUAACCACCGGCAAUCAUGGAAACGGAAAUCUCCCUACAAUUGCCACAAAUUCCCCACGUCAAAACGGAGGCGGUACCACCCAAAGAAACAUCUCGCCACACAAAUGGACCGUAAAAAUGCUUUCUUCUUGAUGAAAUUGUACGAAAACCAUUUACCUACUUCUGCCAACUCAGACCACCACUCCUGCCAGUCAGCCAGUCAGUCAGUCAUUCAGUCAGUCAACUGGCAAGAGAGUGUAAAUGCGGUGACGUUGAUGGCGAUGAUGAUGAUGAUGAUGAUGAUGAUGAUGACGGAGGGGAUGAUUGCCUUCGUAGUUUCCGGAAAAUUCCAACAUCAUUUUGAAAUAAUUGUUCAGAUGGAUUCCUAUCGUACCGGAGCGGGGAAUAAUGUUUUUGCUCGAGUUAAUUAUGCUCUUAUGAUAAUAAUGAAUUCGUUGGUAGGUUGGAAUGGAUUGACUGCUGGAAUGAACUUCCUGCCUUUUUAUACUAUACAAUGUUGGUGGAAAACUAAAAUUUUCCACAUCCGAUUGGUUAUCGUUGCCUAUUUCAAUAUCUUAUGGAUAAAUUUUCAAACAUCAUGAAGUUUGACAUCCAUCGCAAACAUGCUUUUAUUCAG